AUGGUCCUAACAAAGCAGGCACGUCUUCGCAACCCGGACGACUUCCCAACCCUUCAACUAUUCCUCCUCGCUAUUGUUCGCCUUGCUGAGCCAAUCGCCCUCACUUCCAUCUUUCCCUAUGCCUGGGCUCUUGUUAAGAGAUUCAACAUCGGAAGCGAGCAAGAUGCCGCCUUCUACUCGGGUCUCCUCAUCUCAUCCUUCGCCCUCGCCGAGGCCCUGAUGGGCAUGUACUGGGGCGGCUUGUCUGAUCGCAUCGGCCGCAAGCCCGUACUGAUUCUCGGAUGUGUGGGAACCAUGUUCAGCAUGGUCAUGGUGGGAUUUGCUUCCAACAUCUGGAUCGCCUUGGCUGGGCGCGCAAUCGGAGGUCUUCUCAACGGCAACAUUGGCGUCAUCCAGACCAUGGUCGGUGAACUUGUCACCAAGCCUGAGCACGAACCGCGCGCUUUCUCCGUCAUGCCUUUUGUGUGGAGCAUUGGAACCAUUAUUGGCCCUUGCAUUGGUGGAACCUUUGCUGACCCUCACGAGUCGUGGCCCAAUGCUUUCCCCAAAGGCUGCUUGUUCGAGCGAUAUCCCUAUCUCCUGCCCAACCUCGUCUGCGCCGCUCUCUUGUUCGUCAGCAUCGUCAUGGGAUUCUUCCUCUUAGAGGAAACUCACCCUGAUAUGCAACCUCGAGUUCUACUCCCCGCAGAUACCUAUGUUUCAGAAGAGACCCCGCUGCUCGAGACUUCAGACGCCAUCAAGCGACCAGCGGUGGACCUUCGCGCGGAGACCUAUGGAACUAUUCGAGACAGCAGCAGCGAGGAGUGCCCGGAGCGAAGCUCAAACGAUAUGCCUACGGAAAAGACGAAGCCUGCCCGUAUCUGGAACCAGCGCAUCGUCGGCUUCAUCGUGUCUCUGUGCAUCUUCACCUACCACUCAAUGACCUACGAUCACCUCAUGCCAAUCUUCUUUGAAGAUGAGCGUGUUUCGGUAAAUACCCUCUCCAAACUCGGUGCUUCUUCACCCUUCUACUCUCCUGGUGGCUUGGGCCUUUCCCUUCGCGAAGUGGGCAUGAUCAUGGCUGUCAAUGGAGUAAUCGCUCUCUUUGUCCAGGCCUUCGUCUUCCCCUUGGCAGCGGAAAGGUUCGGUGUGUUCCGACUCUUCCUCAUUGUCACGGUUCUGCACCCCAUCAUCUAUGCAAUUGUUCCAAUGCUGCUUUUCGUCCCCGAAUCCUGCCUCUUCCCCGCCAUCUACCUGUGCCUUGCUGUACGCAACGUCCUCUCCAUCACACUCUACCCCCUCCUCCUUAUCCUAAUCAAAGGAGCUACCCCUUCCGCGAGUGCCUUGGGCAAAGUCAAUGGCUUAGCCGCCAGCGCUGGAGCUGCUUGUCGCAUGAUUGCCCCGCCAAUCGCAGGCUACCUCUACACGUUGGGCAGCCAGAUUGACUGCACUGCGUUGGCAUGGUACGCUAGUUCUCUGGUCGCCAUUGCCGGUGCUAUCCACUGCUUCACCGUUCCCCGCGAUCGUGAUUGCUCACGAUCCAAGGACGACGCUGAGCGACAACAUACCCCUGCCACCCCCGCUGAAGUUUCAGUCGAGGAUGUGGAGUGA